CCACCACCUGCUUACGGCGAAGAGUUCGGCACCAUAACGCAAACCCAAGAUGGAUUCGAUACCAAAGCAACAGUGGCAGAAGAUGGACGUGUCAAUAUUCGAAUCAAUCAGGCCGACCGCCGACUAUCACAAUUACUCGUGCCCAGUCUCAAGCAAUUGCAACAGGCCGCUGCGGACGAAGAGGCGCCCCCUCCAGCAUACAUCCCUCCAUCCCUGGGAGGAGCAGAUGGAGUACCACCACCUCCACCAAUGAAUGUGGUCAUUCAAGUGGUUGGAUCAAGAGGAGAUGUGCAACCAUUUGUGGCGUUGGGAAAGGUGCUGAAAGAGACAUACGGACACCGCGUCAGGUUGGCAACACACCCGAAUUUCAAGGACUUUGUGAUUGAGAACGACCUCGAGUUCUUUAGCAUUGGAGGUGACCCGCAGGCGCUGAUGGCGUUUAUGGUCAAGAACCCAGGUCUUAUGCCGGAUUUCAAUGCCCUCCGCGGCGGAGACAUUGGCAUGAGACGGAAAGAGGUGGGCGAAUACCUGCAGGGCUGCUGGCGGUCUUGCUUUGAGACGGGAGAUGGCACCGGUGUGGAGGCCACCGAUAAGACGGUCGAGGACUGGAGCGCAGAGGGAGACGACUACCUUCAGAAACCCUUUGUCGCAGACUGCUUGAUCGCCAACCCGCCUAGCUUUGCACACAUCCACAUUGCCGAGAAGCUGGGAAUUCCGCUGCAUAUCAUGUUCACCAUGCCAUACUCACCGACGCAAGCAUUCCCACACCCUCUCGCAAACAUCCAGUCCUCCAACGCCGACACGAACCUCACGAAUUACAUAUCCUACGCGCUGAUCGAAAUGCUUACGUGGCAAGGUCUGGGCGACAUCAUCAACCGCUUCCGUCAGCGGAGUCUUGGACUGGACGAUAUCGCCAUGCUGAAAGCACCCGGCAUGUUGCAGAGGUUGAAGAUUCCGCACACGUACUGCUGGUCUCCGGCAUUGAUUGCGAAGCCCAAGGAUUGGGGUGCGAAUAUCAAUAUCUCGGGAUUCUUCUUCUUGGAUCUCGCGACGAACUAUACGCCAGAGCCUGAUCUCAAGGCUUUCCUCGAUGCAGGCGAUCCUCCUGUCUAUAUCGGAUUCGGUUCGAUUGUGCUUGACAACCCAACGGAAAUGACCAAGCUCAUCUUUGAGGCGGUGCGAAAGAGUGGACAGAGAGCGUUAGUGUCCAAAGGCUGGGGAGGCGUAGGUGCUGACGAACUUGGGAAGCCCGACGAUGUUUUCAUGUUGGGAAAUGUGCCACAUGACUGGUUGUUCAAGCACGUCUCAUGUGUUGUGCAUCACGGCGGAGCUGGAACAACUGCCGCUGGCAUCACAGCUGGACGACCGACAUUGGUGGUUCCGUUCUUCGGAGAUCAGAUGUUCUGGGGAUCGAUGGUCGCUAGAGCUGGAGCUGGACCAGAUCCUAUACCGAACAAGGAGCUCACUGCGGACAAACUGGCAGAUGGCAUCAAGGUUUGUCUUGAGCCUCAGAGUCAAGAACGUGCACAUGAGUUAGCGGCCAGCAUUGCGACUGAGAAAGGAAGCGAUCUCGGCGCUCAAAGCUUUCAUCAGUUCCUGGAUGUGGACAAGAUGCGCUGCAGUCUGGCACCUUCGAGACCCGCGGUCUGGCGUAUCAAACGUACACAAGCUCGGCUCAGUGCCAUGGCAGCGUGCACGCUCGCGCAAGAAGGUCUACUCGACUUCAACGACCUCAAGCUCUUCCGCGCUCGAGAGUACGAAGCUGACGAUGGACCGUGGGACCCCAUCACUGGUGGCGCAACUGCAGUAGUCGGAACUAUGAGUUCGAUGAUGCUGGGAGUUGCGGACUUUCCCAUUGAGACGUUGAAGGCGCUAAAGAUUCACCCUGAUGCCGCGAAGAAGAGCAAAGCUGAAGGCAAGAUGACCGAGGGCGCUGAGAGUUCUGACCAGUCGCUGAAGUCGAGGUCCACACUCUCAUCAGACGAUAAAAGUGAAACACCCACUCCUUCUAUGCCGCCACGAUCUGCAAGUGGCUCCACAGUCCUCAGCGGCGAGCAAGUCGCCUCGCCGCCUGCGUCUCGGACGGGAUCCAGCUUUAACCUCCAGGACUCUCUAGCCAAGCUGAAUGCUGGCCCACUCUCGCCCGGCUCUCAGCAGGGACCGGCUGGCGAUAAGGCCAAGCCGAAGAAAACGAGUUCCUUCUCUGCCGCCGGCGGCAAUCUCCUCCAAACCGCCACCGACACCUCGAAAGGCGUCAACCGCAUCGUCGGCGCAGGUUUCAAGUCUCCCAUGGACUUCACCAUGAACCUCGCCCGCGGUUUUCACAAUGCUCCCAAACUCUACGGUGACGAAACAGUUCGCAAGCAGGACAAGGUCACCGAUCUGAAGUCCGGAAUCCGUGCUGCCACGAAGGAGUUCGGGUUCGGCAUGUACGACGGAAUUACCGGUCUUGUCACACAGCCGAUGAAAGGCGCCUCGGAAGGCGGCGCUGCAGGUUUCGUCAAAGGCAUCGGCAAGGGUAUUGGAGGCAUCAUGCUGAAACCCGGCGCUGCCAUCUUCGGCAUUCCCGGCUACACAAUGAAAGGCGUGUACAAGGAAUUGCAGAAAAACUUCGGCUCGAGUGUAAACAACUACAUCAUCGCCGCGCGGACGGCGCAAGGAUUCGAUGAGUAUUCACAUGCUAGCCCGGAAGAGCGUGCGGACGUAGUGAUGAGGUGGAACGUGCUGCAUAAGGAUUUGAAGAAGAAGAGGAAUCCAGACGAGUUGGUGAGGGAUAUCUUGGCGGAACAGAUGCGCAAGAAGGAAGCGUGGUUGGACGGACGGAUGCCGAAGAAGAAGAGCAGCUCCUCCAGCAACACUCAAGGUCAAGAUGGAUCCACCCGCCGUCAACAAGAGAGUCAGGAGGUCGAUCCUGAGGUCGCCGACCAACUCGCGCUGGAAGAAGCGAUCCGCAUUUCCGUCCGCGAGACUUCCACCGGCGACGCGGCAAAAGACGCAGAAGUUGAAGCUGCGAUUCGCGCCAGUAUGGCGGAUGUCCAACGCAGCCAUCCUCCUCCACCGGCACAUGACGAAGAUAUGCAGCGCGCGAUGCAGGAAAGUGAAGCUGAUGCCGCGAAACAUCGCGAGGAGAGGAGGGAGUAUGGUGCUGAGCUCGAACGUGCAUUAGCGGCGAGUCUGAAGGAGCAGCGA